AUGCGGGACACGCCCCUACGGUCUAUUUACUGGCUCUACGAGCUCCACCUCGCGGAUCGUUACGAGCUGAUAGGCUAUGAAACGGAGUAUUUCUUUUUCCAGCAAAGCUGGAAGCUUGGAGAUAUACCAGACCCGAUAGACUCUGAUCCGCUUCGUUAUGCAAUGAUCGCUUCUAUCGUAGAAGAAUUACAUGAGGCAGUUAACUGGAAGUUGAGCCUCGGUCUGAGGAGAAAUCGGGAACACGUCUACCGUGAGGAGGAUGGAGACCUGUUGCCUCCUUUACCCGGAAGAACUGCCGGAAUGGACGAAAAGUGUGGCGCCUACGGAUAA